AUGGCAAUGACCUACUUCAAACGCUGGUCCACCCUCCCACCCUCCCCAACCCCCUCUCUCAACGACUCCCUCUCCUCCUCCUCAUCCAGCACCAUUAGCACCCCACCCCGCAGCCCAACACCCUCCUCCACCACGCGUCUCUUCUCCGCCCUAAAAUCCAGCACCACCUUCCCCCUUUCUCUCCGCAAAGCCUCCUCGCAAUGGCACUCCAACGCAUCCAGCACUACCGUGCAUCCUCACAUACCCUAUCUGGACAAUAACGCCAGUUACGCCGGCUCAACCUCAUCCCUAUGCACCACCACUGCGGAUCCCCCAGCCACCGCAGGGAGCGCGAAACAAAAAAGCAACGACAUGAGGGUGCGGGCGUGGCGCAGGGAGACGAGAACGCUGCAGAUGGAGUAUGAGAGUUUGCCGUUGAAGAGGAGGAGGGAGGCGCUGGAGAGGGUUAAUGAGGGGAGGGUUAGGUUGGGAUUGCCGAGGAGGAGUUUGGGGGAGUUGGGGGAGUGA